AUGAUUCUCUCCAAGUUGGGCUUUGCGCUCGUGCGCCUCAUUAGCGUGCUCAUCCUCUGCACGUGCUCACACGCGCUUCCGAGCUCGUCAUCGAUCCCUGCCACGCGACGUUUGGCACCGCGUCGCGUUACUGUGCGCCACUACACACUCAACGUCACUACCGCCACGCUCUUCUCGGCGUGUGAUCCAUUUGGUCCGACAACGCUGAUUGAUUCGUCGUUUCCCGGGCGCGUUCUGCGCGCGCGUGCAGGCGAGAUCCUCUCGGUGCGCGUCUACAACCAUCUCGACGCGAAUGGCGAGAGUGGCGGCAACCUGACCAUGCAUUUCCACGGCCUGUCGAUGCGCAUGCACCCCGUCAUGGACGGCACGAUGCUCGUCAGUCAGUGGCCGAUCACGCCGGGCAAGUUUUUCGACUACCGCAUCCCACUUACUGCCGAAGACAAGGGGACCUACUAUUACCACAGUCACGUCGGUGUGCAGUCCAUGACAGCAUACGGCGCUCUAGUGGUGGAAGACCCCGAAGAGCAAGAGUUGUGGGAUCCGAGCCAAGCAACGUUGCUGAAAAGCAAGCAUGCCGAGAGCGUCGAAUUUGUCCACGUCUAUGGAGAAGAAGCCCUGCACAAAAACGGAAAAAGUGGCCAAAACAGUCCGUACUCUUACGACCAAGAUCGAGUGCUGGCGAUCGGUGACUGGUUCAGCUACAGCUCGGUGAAACAGGUGCAGAAACAGCUGCUUGCAGAUCCAUUCGUCUGGCCGGGCUCAGCCACCAAGCUGCUCGUCAACGGCAAGUCGUCCCCAGUGAACAUCUCUGCUCUAUCUGCACCGGCAUGCAAUCAAACGAAAGCUGAUGCGAUCGGCGUCAAGUGCACCUCGGCGCCAGCUCAAUGCGCCAGGCCCGUGUAUCCGACAAUCGAGCUGGAUUAUGACAAGACGUACAGAUUCAGGCUCGUAGGGGCUACCAGUUUGAUGUACGUCUCGCUUGGCAUACUCAAACCGACCAAGACGGCGUAUACCUCGAUCAACGCUACGAGCAGUGUCGUCGCUCAACCGGUGCAAUUCGACAAGAUGACGUUGAUCGAAGCGGAUGGUUCGUAUUUGGACCGACUCGAUGUUGAUCACAUCGAGUUGACUUCGGGCCAACGAUACUCUGUGCUGUACAAGAGCCUAAGUAGAAAGCAGGUCAAGCAGGAUGGUACGGGGGGAGUAUACUGGAUGCGGCUGGAAUCUAGGUGGCGAGCAGGCCCGAGCAUGUGGCUCAAGAUCGUGUAUCCUUCUCACAACACAUCUGCUGUUCAACCACCGAUCCGACUUGCUUCAGGACAAAAGGACCUGCAGCUGUUACCAGCCGAGACGUUUGGAUGGAAGACGUCGCAGCUGUCUCCAUUGUCAAAGCCUUACGGUCCGCAUUGGUGGUACUCGGACCGGAUGCCUUCCGAUUCCGAGGUGACACGAACCGUGCUCAUAGAUACGCAACAGGUCAAGUUCUUUGCAUCAGGUAAAGGUGUCAAGUGGGACCAGAAUGGUGUGGCGCUCAACGAGACGUCGCCGGGUACUAGAACGCCGUAUCUGGUACGUACGUUUUUGGGAGACAUUCAACUGCCCACUGCGACGCAGAUCGAAUCGGCCAUGUACAACCCUGUCAGCUACAAGUACCGUGAUUCGAACGGCAACGAUACGGGAACGAGCCGGAUGAUGAUCGACAUGAACAACGCCACCGAGGUGGAGGCGGCCUCACGUCGACAUUGGGGACAAGCGUAUUCGUCCAAGCUCAACAUGUACUUUGGUGGAGCAGGUGAAGUGAUCGAUAUUGUACUGGUCAAUCAGGCGUCGCAGUUGUCGUCGUCGGUUGAGAUUCAUCCGUGGCAUAUGCAUUCGCACAAGCAUUUUACACGAACCAUUCAAGCGGGCACGUUUUCCUUCUCGCGACUCGCCUCGCUGUAUGCGUCGUCGUCGAGCUCAAAAGCCUUUUCCAAUCCGAUCCAACGUGAUACCACGGUAGCAUACGCCAGUCCCGGAGCCGCGUUCCUGAACCAAACCAUCCCAAACCCGCAAGUCGACCAUGGCGGUUGGACCGUAUUGCGAUACAAGGUAGAUCCCAAAAACGCCGGCGUGUUUCUGCUUCACUGUCAUAUUGCCUUCCAUCUAGAAAUGGGCAUGGCAACCGUCUGGACCAUGGCGCCUGAUCAGUUGGCGCGAACAGCACGCUUCAACUGGCCCACGCUCCAUUCCGACCAUCCCAACAUCCAAGGCUUGAACGCAGACCGCUACUUGCAUUACGCCAACAAUGUCAACGCCGUAUUGUAG